UUCCCACCAUUUGCUGCAUUUAAAUGGCCGGAAGAGGUCGCUUUCAGAAUCAGAAAUCACCUGCGGCCUCGAUUGACAAUUACUUUCAAUCCAAAGUCAUCAAUAAACUCAUUGUUUAUACGCGUAAAUUAAAGGGCGUGGAAAAUGGUUUGACUACUAAUUGGAAGUUGCCAUUUUGCAUUGGGACUACUAUUUAAAUAGUGAAUAGAGUGGGAAGUGCCUGAUGUAGCAAAAGAGGUAACAAAAAGAAGUAAGAUUGAUUUAAGUAUUAACAUAGGUAAAACUGAAAUCAAAGACAUUAUUAAGCAAAGACUGAAGGAAAGAUGGCAAAAGCAAUGGGAGGAAGAGCGGAAAGGAUGGUGGUUCUACAGAGUCCAGAGGAAAGUGGGAGAAAUGAGAUGUGCAGGAAAAAACAGAAAAGAGGAGACAGUAAUUUCAAGAAUUAGAUUUGGACACACUGGUCUGAACAGUACACUUUUUUAUAAUAGGCAAGCAUAAUACAGGCAGAUGUGAAUACUGUGGGCAAGAAGAGACAAUAGAGCAUGUCAUUGUACAUUGUGAGAGGUAUGAGGAGGAGAGAGGACGGAUGAGUGAGCAGUUCAGAAAAGAAAGAGUACAAUUUGAUUUGGUAGGUAUUUUGCAAGGGAGUUCAUAUAAGUGCUAUCAAAUCCUGUUGCUUUUUCUUAGGGUAACCAAUUUGUUCGGAAGGAUAUAGGUUAUUAGUAUAUGUAAUGGUGUUGUUUGAUCCACACUCCAUGCCAGUUGGUGGCGGUAAUGCACCAAAAAAGUUGUUUGCCAACCGCCAAAAAACACUACAUAGAAGAAGAAGAAGAGGUAGGAAGUGCCUGAUAUCUGAAGGAACUAGACUCGAAGGCAAUAACAGCGUAGCGCUUUGCCAUCGUUGCAGGUGGGCAUCUAUGAUCAAAGUCACAAACAAUUGGUCAAUUUAUUAUUUUACGUGGCCAUUCAUUGCACGCUUACUGUAAUAUUUAUUUCUGCACAAUUUUUUGGAAGUAUCUAAGGAACCGUGCAGUUGGCAUUUUAGUGUGAAAGGAAGGUUUAGACAUAGUUUGCAACAAAUACCUCAAAUUAUCAAACAUUUGCAACAACGAUUUUGUUGAAAUGAAAAAGUUGAAAAUGUAUUAAUUAAAGCAGAGGAAUAUUUAACAAGAAAUGAUUACGCCCUGAAGCGUAUAUCAACGCAUGGUUGGUGCGGUUAAAGCAUUUUACGAUCAUCAUGCUCAGGUUGCUUACAAUGCUAAUUGUGAAGUUCCAUGGGUUAGUCGGUCUAAUGGUGAAAAUUCCGCGCUAUUGUCAGUUAAAACCCUGUUUUAUUGUUUUACUCACUGGAAAAUUAUGGAACUCGGUGUAAUGUCGACAGAAAACCAGUCACCAAUAACAACCAUAGUUUUCCACUUUAAAACAUGAUUCAAUGACAGUUUAUGGGUGCGAAAAGUAACGCAACUUUUCGGUUGGGGUUUUAUACGGAGUCCGGCCGUGUCAUUGAUGUGAUAUUUCUCAUGACAACAACCCUCUCUCCAUCAAUAACAAUACAAGUAAUACACCGAAAUGUUACUAGACAAAUGGUUAUUAAAAUCUGUUCAUGACUGGAUUACUAUCUGAAGCAAACACAUUACAUUAAAAAAGUCUUGGUAAAUUUCUGUCAAUAGAAAUUACUUAAAUCUUAUUUUGGAACGGGAUUUACAUCAGUGUGAAAUAUUGUCGAUAUUACAAUCACAUGAAACUCACUCAUUUUGAUUCUCAGAUAUUUGUUGAAACUGAAGGAUACGGAACAAUAAAACAACACUGUUCGAUGCUACAUGUUCCAUUUCCAAGGCGUUUUAUUACAGCUUUCUAAGCUACAGUGGCAAGACACUGAUUUUCGACAAGGGGGUGACACUGUGCCUUUUGUUAAUCUGUAGCGUCAGAUGGUAUAUCUGCAGUUACUACACGGUGUCCCUGCCUGUGUUAGCUCUAUUGCAGUUCCUGGUCGGGUGACAACAAAAGGAAAAUAACUAGCGGACAUCGAGCAAGCUGUCAGAGCGAUUAAUCCAGCACCACCAGCAGGUUCGCGCCUGCCUGCCUGUCAUCCCGCCUGGGGCGAGAUGGCAACACCCGGCUCCGUUUCAGCGUUCGCAACAAACUGUUCUUUGGUUGCAACAGAGCGAGCGAGAGGCUUGCAGCAGCCAGGCUGUGAUCCGGGUUCGUUCAAUCAUCUUGCAUCAGCCGUCCCCCCAACUCCCCACCCCGCCCUCCACUCCACUCCUCUCCUCUCCUCUCCCGUCACCUCCGAGUCGCGGCGUCAGCAAAGCUGUGAGCUGGGAAAUAAUUCACCCCACAACUGUCGCCAGCGGUUAGUAUCAAUAUCAGCGAUAAAAAGACGACGCGCCGCUACCAGUCUCCUCAUAGGCACAUGACCGAGAAGCGGCUGAGAAACCAGCGUGGAUGCUUAAACAACAACAACGGAAAGAGUUUGCACAAUCCAACCACCACCCCUUACCCCACGCCUUCCCCCUUCUCUCCUCUCCGCCUGCCUCCUUGGCAAUCACCGUGCAGUGGUGCAGAUUCCCUGGUUUUCCGAGCAACGUGAUGGUGAGCGGGGAGUGAGUGCUGCGUGCCGUAGCGCGGCUGGCGGGCGGACGGGCGGACGGACGGCGGGCGCUGCCCAGCUCGGAUAUCACACACUCCCUGCCAUCACCGCCGCCAGGUGUUGCGGAGCCGGCAAUCACAGCGCGAGAGAGGGAGAGGGACUGGCAGAGUGCGAAGGAAAAAGGGGCUCCGGACCCGACAACAACUCCUCCUCCCUCCGACCCACUGCAAACCAUGGGCUGCUGCAGUGGCAGGUGCACUCUCGUAGUCAUCUCCAGUCUGCAACUAGUAUUUGUGUUGGAGAGACAGAUCUUUGAUUUUCUUGGCUAUCAAUGGGCACCUAUCCUGGCUAACUUUUUGCACAUUAUCACUAUCAUCUUUGGCCUUUUUGGGACUAUCCAGUUCAGGCAACGAUAUGUAAUCAGGUAUGCCAUCUGGAUGGUCCUCUGGGUCACGUGGAACGUGUUUGUUAUCUGCUUCUACUUGGAAGUUGGGGACCUUGCAAAGGAUACCAACCUGAUUAUGACCUUUAACAUAUCCAAGCAUCGUUCUUGGUGGAUGGAGAAUGGACCAGGAUGUGUGGUGGUGACAAUAACUGACCUGCCGGAAUGGGUACCAGAGGACCAUCGUUACAUUUACGUCAGAGGAUGCCUGCUAGGAUACCAGUAUAUAGAAGUGGCACAUAGUUCACUGCAGGUUAUCUUUGCUCUUCUCGGGUUUGUCUAUGCCUGUUACGUUAUCAAAGUUGUUGCUGAGGAGGAAGACAGCUUUGAUUUCAUCGGAGGAUUUGACUCGUAUGGCUACCAGGGCCCACAGAAAACAUCUCAUUUACAGUUGCAGCCCAUGUAUAUGUCAAAAUAAACUGGAAACUGGAUGCCUUAAAAUUCCCCUGACUUCAAAUUUUUCAAACCUUAACUUCAAAGAAUCUGGUGGUGGAUGCUUUUGUAUUGUUCAGUGUGGAGCACUGAACGUGUUCCAAGCUCAGAGAUUUGGAAUAUCAGAAGACCCAACUAAAAUGCAGACGUAUGAAAGACCUCAAAGUUUUAAAACUGCACACAAUAACCAGCAAACUUUCUGCUCUGUGUUUCUAUGUGUUGACUGAAAUAAGUGGAAGCUUGGUGCCAAAAGGAUUGAACUAAAGUAUCAGUGCCCUCUGCAGGCCAAUGUAAAAACCUUACUGCACAUAUCUCUUGUGUGAUUCCAGAUUGCCAAUUAUAGCUGCAACUGUUCAUCAAUAAAUUAGAUUAACAGUUUAUAUUUAGAGGUCAUUGUUAAAAAUGCAUUUCUGCUGGAUUAGAUACAAAUGGUGAAUUGAACCAGUGCCAUGAUUUUAUUGAAGCUUGGGUGAUGCUACCAAAUGUGAACUAGUUCUUGUUCUAGCUUCACAUUUGCCUUAAUACAUGCAGGUCUGAACAUUACUAAGUAAAUUUAAAAGUUUUGGGGGUGAUGGGAGGGGGGGAUGUUAUAAUGUUGAAACUGUUUCCCUACAUAAAUGCUAAUGGAGUCAGUAUUCUAUGAUAACAUUGCUGUCAUGGCUUUGCUGGAGACACUUUGAAUUCCUCUGGCUCUUCAGAAAGUAGUCCAUCUCAUCUUGUUCUGUUCCUGCACAAAAAUAAAUGUGAAACUGUGGAUGAAAUAGGCUGUAGUAGUAUAUAUGAAUAGUUGAAAGCCUUUAUAGGUUCCGUGAAAAAUAGAUGAAAGGCAAGAACCAAACAAAAGUUGGUAGUAGGGUAUAGUCAAGACACAUUUGUUUUUUUGUUCCACUGCUUCUGCUGUAAUCCACCUAGUGUAUAUGGCAGCUGUUAUGUUUUUUUAACACAGGAAUACAUGUACAUUUAUGUUAAUUUAUGCAAAUUAAAGGCUAGAAUUGUAUUUACUGUUAUUUUUAUUACACCAGUCUGUUCAAGUACUUUGUGAUGAUCAUCUUUGUUACUAUCUGUAUAAAAGAAACACAAUUUUAUUAUAUGUAUUAACACUCUGUUGGUCCCAUGGUGUUUUUUGAAACCAAAUCUAGAGAUUCUGUCAAACAUUAUAUCUUAGCGAUAUUUGAGGCUCAUGGUUGUGCUUUGUUAGGUAGUUUGGCGGUGCUAUUAAGAACUAAACUAUAGUAAAAUGUACUUGUAUUAAUGUUCUACACUUGCCUGUUCAAACACCUGUUCAUGCCAAGCACUUACAUUUGAUUCAAAAUGUCACAGCCUUGAAUUGUAAUACUACAGGGCACAGUGAUUGUUUCAUUUUUUUAUGUCACCAAAGUACUUCAGCUUUACCAUUUUUCUUUAAGAUAGAGGUUGAAUGAAAUGGUGAGUAAAAAUAAGUUUUUAAUUCUUGUUCAUUAUGUUGGGAACUGGUCCAAAGGCUGGGGUAAAUGUUGCCUGGCAGGGAAUCCACCAUCUGUGCAAUUAAGAUGCGAGUCCCCAAGCCCGGAUAAUGUCUAGGUUGAGAUCUUUAUUAAUACAAAUAAAAUUAAUAGUUCAUUAGAUUAUAAGAAAACUGCAUUCAAUCUCAGAUUUUGUUGCCUCUGCUUGUAAAAUGGAAACCUGGGCUGACCCAUUUGGAUUUUGUUAUUUGACCUGAAAUUGACUGGACGUCAAGGAGUAGAAAUUCAUCAUGGGUGGAUGCAUCAUACAUACUUCUAGAAAUGUAACUCCAGUUGGCAGUGCUACAUUUACUAAAAAUUUGCUUCAGUGCAUUGUAAUCUGGAAUGAAAUUUAGAGGCAGAGUGCAAGCAAUGAAGUGACCGGUUUGAGUUACCAAGUGUCGACAAUAAUACAUUUCUCGACAAUAAUACCCUCUGGCUUCCCAUGAUAUGCUUAGCUUGUUAUGUCAAUGCAGUAAAAUAUGGUGCAGCAUAUAUAUCGACCCCCACUCAAGGUGAAUGUCUACUCCAAAGAAUAGAAAUAUGCAUCAAGAUAACCAAAGGUACAUGGGCAAUGUAUGAUAUUUUUUAAAUUAAAUUUCACAAUUUGUAAGGACUAUAUGAAUCAUUAGUAAGAAAUAUCUCACUAAAAUAAUGUAUUUGCCCGACAUUUUUGAAACAGUUGUUUUGAUUUCAAUAUAAACUCACAGGCAGGAUACCAAUAGGAUAGAUUUCCAUUUACACUGCCAGUUGAAAACAAAGGCAUGAAAAUCUGGCAGCUCUUUACAAUGCAUAAAAUCAACUUAAACAGAUUAGUGGCUUGAUGGUGAAAAUAGAAAACCACCCAUUUUUAGCAUAUUUUAAAGAAAUAUUUAUUUUUAUAGUUGAAGACUAUGCUGAGGAAAAAUUGUUUCAUGUUCAGUUAUAAAAGUUAAUUUGAACACUGAUGGGUUUACACCAAUGAAGAAAUCACUAACUGGAGUCAGAUUUAGCAGCGUUGUUUACGUCUUAAAAGCUGACUUUUGUUAUCUAAUCUCUUUCAAGAAUGGGAGCACAGUCCCCAUUUACUUGAACAUCCUGAUGCUGUAGGCACUUUUGGAAAAGCUUUUUUAUUUAAAAAAAUAAAUGUUUCAGAUUUAACAUUUUGUUGUGGGACAUGGUUUAAUACUCUAUUGCAGUAAUGUACAAGAAAAUGUAAAUUUAAAUGAAAAUUUAAAAUGUACCAACAUUUUGUUUCAUCAAUAUCACUACCCAGAAUGAGAAUUGAACACUUGCCCUUUUGUCAUCAGCUGCAAACAUCAAUUUACAGGUAAUUAUGAACUCCAUAUGAAUGAAUGAGUGAAUGAAAGAAUGAAUGGCUACAUGAAUGGGAAAAAUUGCUCCUGUUCCAAGUUAACAAGUUUGAUUAUUAAUGGUGUCAGAUUUUAUGGAAUUAUUGACUAUCUCAGUUAAAUUGAACAUAAUAUUAUUCAUUCAAGCAAACCCCUAUGUUGAGUAAAGUUUCUACCGGUUUGUUUCAGUGAUCCUGCCUUGACAUUAACCUUAGAAACUAUAACUAUUUCAAUUUCCAUGCGCAUGUACAGUGCCAAAGACCUGGGUUCAAUCGUGACCUCGGGUACUGUCUGUGUAGUGUUUGCAUGUUCCUCCCGUGACUGUGUGGGUUUCUAUCAUGUGCUCUAGUUUCCUCCCACAUCCCAAAGACUUGUGAGUUAGCAGUUUCAUUGGCCUCUGUAAACUACUCCAAGGGUGUAGGAAAUGGACAAAAAAAGUGGGUACAAAUAGAACUAGUUUUCAAGGGUGAUCGGUGGUCAUUGUGGACUCGAUACAAAAUGUACACAGGCUGUAUCUGUCAAUCAAGCUUAUGGUGCCAAAUUUUAGUCCAGUCAAAAGCAAGAAUUCAUACUUUUUUCACGAACAAUUCUUAUAAUGAAGAAAAUGAGAAGGACUUUUUUCACUUCACAAUCAUCACAGAUGUAAUGCAGGAGGUAAUUUGUUCCAUUUUAACUCGUCUGUCAAGACAGAAAAACAUAAGGAUAGAGUUACCUCUUGAG